GUCCAAUUAUCGUGUAGUCAAUCCGUAUUCCGCGUAGCCCGGGCCAUCGCACCCCUGUGAAGAACAACUCUGCUUUACCAAACAGUUUAUGCUGUGAUAAAGGCAGGAAAACAGUUUCUUUCUGUGAAUGCGAAGAAGGAAUCAUUUACCUCACUUCAUUAGAUUAAGAUGGCGACUGGUAUAUUUGCAGUGGUAUUUUUAGAAGAGAAAACUGCACUGAUGAAAAUUGCUAUGUAGCACCUCUUGGACAACAGGAACAACCAGACAGAUAAUCUUCAAAACAAUAUGGAAACGUGUGAUUUCUGCAAUAAAGAGUUUAGUAACUCUGCACUGCUAAUGGAACAUUUCAGUACACACAUUAGCAUUGUACAAAGCAUGGAAGAAUGUAAUGUCUGUGGUACAUAUUUUAGUGACUCCACUCAGCUAAAGGAACACACCAAGACACAUAGGGAGGACGAAUCAGACGAGGAAUCGUGUGAUGUCUGCUAUAGAAAGUUCACAGACUUCUCUCAGCUAAAGGAACACACCAAGACACAUAGGGAGGACGAACCAGACGAGGAAUCAUGUGAUAUCUGCUAUAGAAAGUUCACUGACUUCUCUCAGCUAAAGGAACAUAUAAAGACACAUAGGGAGGACGAACCAGACGAGGAAUCGUGUGAUGUCUGCUAUAGAAAUUUCACCGACUUCUCUCAGCUAAAGGUACACAAUAAGACACACGUACACAAGGAAAUAAAAAUGGAGAGAAGUGGUGACAUGGAUUUAGGUGAUGCAAGUGAUGUAGAGCCAAGUACUUUCUUUCUGCUAAAGGAACAGAAUGAGACAGAUACAACGAAAAACAUAGAUGAUUUCAAGCGCCGAAUCUGUGACCAAGUAUGAGUAUUCGCAAAAACGUGAUCUUGCACACAUCAGAUUAAUUACAGGAGUGAAACCAUACAAGUGCGAUAUAUGUGAUAAAGAGUUUUCCCAGAAAGGUAAUCUUCUUACACACAGUAAAUUACAUACAGGAGUGAAACCAUACAAAUGUGAUUUCUGUGGUAAGGAGUAUUCUCAAAAACGUGAUCUUCUUGCACACAUCAGAUUACAUACAGGAGUGAAACCGUACAAGUGCGAUAUAUGUGAUAAAGAGUUUUCGCAGAAAGGUAAUCUUCUUACACACAGUAAAUUACAUACAGGAGUGAAACCAUACAAGUGUGAUUUCUGUGGUAAGAAGCAUUCUCAAAAACGAGAUCUUCUUGCACACAUCAGAUUACAUACAGGAGUGAAACCGUACAAGUGCGAUAUAUGUGAUAAAGAGUUUUCGCAGAAAGGUAAUCUUUUUACACACAGCAGAUUACAUACAGGAGUGAAACCAUACAAAUGUCUUAUCUGUGGCAAGGAGUUUUCGCAGAAAGGUAAUCUUCUUACACACAGCAAAACACACAGGAAAGAGAAAUCAAACAAGUGUAAUAUCUGUGGUAAGGAGUAUUCGCAGAGAGGUUAUCUUCUUGCACACAUAAAAUUACAUACAGGAGUAAAACCAUACAAGUGCGAUAUAUGUGAUAAAGAGUUUUCGCAGAAAGGUAAUCUUCUUACACACAACAGUGUACAUACAGGAGUGAAACCAUACAAAUGUAAUAGCUGUGGUAAGGAGUUUUCGCAGAAAGGUAAUCUCCUUAAACACAGCAAAACACAUACAGAAGUGAAACCAUACAAGUGUGAUAUCUGUUGUAAGGAGUUUCUUCGGGAAAGGCAUCUUCUUCUGCAUGCCAGAACACAUACAGACGUGAAACCGUAAAAGUGUGAUAUCUGUGGUAAAGAGUUUCUUCAGGAAAGGCAACUUCUUAUGCAUGCCAGAAUACAUACAGACGUGAAACCAUACAAGUGUGAUAUAUGUGGUAAUAGUUUAUGAGAAAUGUGAUACGCACAGCAAAACACAUACAAUAGUGAAACCAUUAAGGUGUGAUAGCUGUGGUCAAAAAUAUUCGGGGAAACGUGAUCUUCUAAGAAAUGUCAAAAAGCAUAAAGUCCAAAAAGGUAACAAUUUUGGAACAUUGUGAUUUCUGUUAUAAAGAACUUUGUGACCAAACUGAACUAAAAUCACACAUCAAAAUGACAUCAUAUAGACGAGGAAUCCAAGAUGCACUCGUGUAGAGUUCAUUGAUUCUGCUCAGCUAAAGUUACAAAUCCCAUCACAUCCAAGUAGAGAUCCAAACAUGGAAACGUAUGGUGUUUCCGAUAAAGAGUUCAGUGAUUCAACUCGGCUAAAGGGAUACAUCAGGACAAUUAAAAGGAAGCAAACAUUGAUUCGUGCGAUGCCAGUGAUGUAGAGUGCAGUAACCCCUCUCUCCUUAAGGAACAGAACCAUAUUAAGAAAGACAUACAAUUUCAGGUGCAAUAUCUGUGACUACGGCUUUAUUUUAGAAGAAACAAUAUCUAGAGGGACAAUGGCCAAAAAAAAAUCAUUGAGGAGGAAACCAAUAUAAGUGUGAUAGCUUUUGUCAGUGUUUUUUCUUUCUGAGAAAGUUUAUAUACAUGUAUAUAUAUAUAUAUGAUAUGAAUAUAAUAUUUAGAUCUGUUUAUGAACUUGUAAAUAGAUACUUUCAAGAACAUUUAAAGGAGGGGGAGCAGUGUGAUAUUCGCGGUAAUGGUUUUGUCAUUCAAUUCAUGCAUGUCAGAACACAUGCAUACAGGCAGUUUUUCUUCUUCCUAAAAUUAUAUAACAGCAUGUUCCUACAUACACUGGGAAAAUAAAGCAAGUUUAUUGGA